GCGUCCCACUUAAACGCGACCCUCACCAGCACCUCGCGCUCUCGCUUAACUCUAACAUCCACCAUGUCCUCCAUCCAAGGACCCGAAGCGCAAAACGCGCUCUUCGAUGACUUGCACCCCAAAGAGGCCGUGCCAGCUGCGCUCGAGCGCGCCACCGAUCGGCUGGAGUUUCCCCCGUCCUAUGUAGUGGUGGGGAUUUAUAGGUUGUUUACGGACAAGACGCUCUUGAUCCCGACUUGGAAGAAGUGUGAGCAUGGGACGAUCCGGGGCUUGGGGGUGGGGCUGGUCUGGGGAUUCCUCACCUUCGGCAUACAGAAGAAGUUCAUCGAGGUCUUCCUUGCUAACUCCCCUCGCAUCGUCGGUCUCACAAACGACACCGUCUUCGGAUACAAGGUCCCCUUCAACGUGCAUACGUAUGCCGCCAUCCUCCUCCUUGGCUCCCAAAUUUCCGCCAUCCUCAACUUCUUCCUCUACAAAAACAUCCGCAUCGCCCGCGACCGUGCCUGGGACCUCACCGUCGCCUCCCGCGGCAAAGGGCCCGACUUCUGGUGGCCCUACGUCGAGGAGUGGGACAACCCACCGCGCGUGGACCCCGACCACCGCUCGUUCUCUGAAAAGUGGCUGGGCGGAUUCUUUGGGCGGUAUGUGGUGCGGAAGGCGAUUACGGUGCCGUUUGCGCUGUAUCCGGUUGUGGGCGUUCUGGCAUCGGCGUGGUUGAAGGCGGUGGGGACGGCGAGGUUCUUGCAUAAGCAGUACUUUGCGUCGAAGAACAUGACGAAGGAGCAGAUUGCGAUUUUUAUGGCGGAGCGCAAGUGGGAAUAUCGCACUUUUGGCUUCGUCGCCGCCCUUCUCGAGGGCUUGCCCAUUAUCGGCAUCGUCUUCACUGUUUCAAACAGGAUUGGGGCAGCUAUGUGGGCCUUUGAUUUGGAGAAGCGACAGCACUUCAUUGCUGAGAAGCGCGGCAUUGGAUAUCCUCAGAAGAGCCAGUAAACUAAUUUGAGCGUGUAUCGUAUAUACAUGUCAGAAAACGCAGUCGAACAGAGAGGUUUACUUGCCUCACUUGCCGCGCAUUGUAUUGUCCCGUAUCCUGUGCGAAGACUGGAA